AUGGACAGAACCGAAGCAGUCAUCAUCGACCUCACCUCUGGUGCCGAGCUCAAGAACUCGGUCGUCCACCAAGUCGACACCGCCUCUCCCGUAACCCAACCCCACUACCACGAGAUCUCCAUGGUCGAACUCCAAGCACCUCGAGUCAACUCAUCGACCCCCCACGACCUCUUUGACGAAAUGGAGCCCUACUUCAAGUCCCAGAACCGCAACAACUCUCAAGCACAUACCGUUCGUGCUAAGCUCUAA